GUCUGCCUGCGAAAGCUGGACCCAAAAAUAAGGGUCCCGCCCCGCGGGGACGGCGCACGCCUUGCCAGCUGGCAGCCAACCACCCUCACCCUCCAAGCCCACCGCCUCGGCCUGAUCGCCAUGGCCGCCGGUGGCAGCUUCCUGGCAACUGCCGGCGCCGGCGGCGGCGUGAGGGUCGCGCCCGAGGGCGUGCUGCGGGCGCUGGCGGCGGAGGCGGGCGUGCGGCUGCCGGGCAGCUUCACGGGCGGCGGCGGGGACGGGCGCGGGGGUGCAGCUGCGGGCGGGCGCAAGUCUGGGGUCGAUGACGUGGCGGCGGCGAGCGUGGUGGCGGAGGCGCUCGCGGAGUUGCUGCUCUCUGCUCGAGGCAGCAGCUACGCCGGUGACGGGCAGCAGCAGCAGCAGCAACAGCAGCAGCAGCAAGCAGCGGCAGCCGCCGCGCUGCUGUCCCGCGCGAGCAUCGGCGGCGGCGCCGGUGGGGGUGACUGCGUGGGCGAGGGUCUGGCGGCUGAACGGCUCCGGCUAAUGGUUUCUGAGCUGCUGCAGCGGCAGGGCGCACCGGCGGCGGCAGCGGCGGCAGUCGAGGCGGCGCUAACGGGCAGCGGCGGGAAGCCGGGCACCGACGGGCGGAGGCCGGGCGCGGCGGGCGUCGGCGCGGUCGGGCGGCAGAGGGCGGGCCGGGGAUCGGCGGGCGCGGUCGGCAGUGGCGGGUCUGAUUCCAAGCCCCGCGACGGCAGCCAGCAUGAGCGCUCAUCGCCGGCGCUGUCAGCGUCCGCGCCGCCGGCCGCGUCUGGCCUUGGCGGCGGCGCCGCCGCCGCCGCGCCGGCCGCGGGCUCCCCGGUGGAUGGCGUCGCCCCCGGCUGGCCGCGGCGCCACCGGGUGACGCCAGGUGACGUGGACGACAGCCCGUGGCUGCUCGACUACGAUGACAUAAGGCUGGGGCGCGUCAUGGGGGAGGGGGCUUACGGCCACGUGCGGCUGGGCUGGUGGCGGGAGACCGAGGUGGCCGUCAAG